AUGUGUAAGUUUACCAAUCGCCUGUUUGUCUUUAUCGUCUUAUUCCAUGUGGCUGUGUCCAAGCCCAUGCGUCCAGCCCGUCUAGCUGGAGAAAUCAGCCCACGCCGUUCCGAUCUACUUGAGUUCUUGUACGAUGACUACAAUGACUAUGGCUUCCAAGAGGAGCAAAUACACUACGAUCAGCGGCAGAAGGGGGAGGAGAACCUGCGUGUUAGACUCGAUGGAUUUUUCAUUGAGUUUCCCACGCUCGACGAUCCCUAUUCUUUGGAUGUCUUAGCUGAGCAGUACAUAAGUAAGUUAUAUUAA